CGGUAUUAGUUGCCAUGUCGCAAGGACACUCGGCGGCGCAACUGCUGGAGCUGCGACGCAUCCUGCUGCUGAGCGUCUAUAGGAACACAUUGAAUCAGCUGGUACUGCAGCAGCGUUCCCAGCGCUUAAAUGCCAGGAAACCGCUUUCGUUGCCCGCUUCUCUGCGAAGGCGACGCAGUUCGUCGAUGGCGGAGCAGGAGAGGCCGGAUCGCGUGCUCAUAACGGGCAAGGUGCUGCCCCGACUGGAAUCCCUGCUGGGUGAGCAGGAGAACGAUGCGGAUCUGCUUGAUGAAGAGGUCUUAGAUGCGCUGAAAUUCGAGAGGGAUAUGGAUGCCCUGCGAGCGAUUUUCGAAGUAGCCAUGAAUGAUCCGGAAUUGGCAGAGAAAGAUUAUGCGCAGGAUAAGGAUCUAGAAGCAGAGGAGGAGAAGGAAACGGAUCUAGAAGCUGAAGAUGCUGCUCCGGAAAUGAAAAUUAUGUGCCUGCAAAUUAAUGAACAGCAGAGAGCCUUUGAUGUUAAGAAGGAUGCAUUUAAGGGAGAGAACAUCGAGUCCUUCGAUGACAAGGACAUGCCAGGCCUUGAGAUAAAAGUGAUGGAAACUCCUUGUCCCGAGGAUGAGGGUCUGGAAAACAUAAAGCAAGCGAUUGCCGCCUUGUGCGGCAACAAAAGUGAGGAGUCCCAGGCUGCCCAGCAGCUGCAGGAGGCCAAGGAGGAGCUGAAAAAACUCAGGGUGGACCUCGAACGCGAAAAGUGCGCCACCAAGGACAAGCUCCAGGACCUGGAGGAGCGCAUUGCCGACACCAAGUACAAGCUGCGCUGCGUUUCAAGGGUCAAUGACCUCGAGUACAGCUUGGUGCAGCGCUGGGAGGAGGGUCGUCUGGCCCAAGGAACCAUUUGGGGCGAGAACGCCGAGCGGGCCUACCUACGCGAUAUUCUGGAUAUCAAACAGAAGCUGGCACGUGAGGAGCGUGUAAGUGCUGAGCUACGCACCUUUCGCCAGCGCGAGAUCCGGGAGCUGCAGGCCAGGAUCAAGCAGUGGCAGGAGCGGUAUGUCAGCGAGAUGCGACGCGUGGAUCGCGAGGCUGAAGCUUGGGAGCUGCGCAUCCUCGAGCAGCAGAAGCUCUUGCAGAGGCACCAAGAGAUCUACGAGCAGCGGUUGACCUAUGUGCAGGAGUACCGCGCCCAAAAGGCGGAGGAGCAGCGGCUCCUCGACCUGCAGAUGCACCGCAUUGAGUGCGCCGUCAGGUUGCAGGCCUGGUGGCGUGGCACCAUGGUGCGGCGCGGUCUGGGACCCUUUAAGAAGAAACCCAAGCGCGGCAGGCGGGGCAAGCCCAAGAAAUAGGACACCGAAAACGCAUACUAACUUGCAUCUAGAUCCUAUCAGUCAUUGCAAUUUUAAGACAUCUUGUAAGCUUUCAAUUUUACUAUUUUAAGUGUAAGUUGGAUUUUACUUGCCUUGCCCUUUAGCCCGCCGUUUUUUAUGAUUUUCCACUGCCUUAUUUUUUCCCAACCUUUUCCGAGCUCUACCCUUGCUUUAUGGAAAUUAACUUGUGACUUAAAACCAAUUAAAAGUUGGACGCGCUGCAGUUAACACGUCGGCGGUUGGCUACUGACGUCGCCCUUAAUGACAUGCCGCCAGUGUCAACAGGCCCGCCUCGAGAAUUGUUUACGCGCUGCGAUAAUAAUGCUGGGGUGGGACAGUGGAGGGAGUACUGUACUGGCGACCCAGUUGAAGUUGCAUCUGGAGUUCCAUUGUUUCAGCAUUUUAUUUGUGCUGCCCGCUGCCGUUUCUUUUCUUUGCCGCAUUUAUUUAUCCUUUAUGCCGGGCAAUGGCCGAAAGUGGUUUAUUUGUUGCGCCGCAUUCAUUGGCAACACAAAUGGGCGGCUCGCCAGCCCAGGGGGGCGUGGCAGUGUGCCACUGCGGCUAUAUGCAUUUUGUUUUCGAUGCGUGCGGAGCAGAUAAACUGCGACAAUUUGCCCGGUGAAUGAGUGGAACUUUUUCACUUCGUUGUCGCAAAAAACAAAAAACACAC